AUGCCUCUGGGUUUGGCUCGGGGGCCUCCCGUCGCUCUUGUCAUGUGUGUCCAAACUAAGACCUUCUACACACACAAUAACAACAAGCCCUGGUUCACACCAAACCUCUGGAAGCUGCGCCGAGCCAUGGAGGAGGCCUACAGAAGUGGUGAUCGAGCCCUGUUCAAGCAGGCCAGGAACACGCUGGAGAGGGAGAUCAGGAGAGCAAAGAGGCGGUACGGAGAAAGGCUGCAGAGUCGCCUUUCUGCCAACCCUGACCCCUCUUCUGUGUGGAGAGGUCUGCAGAACAUCACCGGGAACUGUGUGGAGGAGGUGUAUUGGCUGUUCCAGAGGCAGAAGGUCAGGAAGGCUCCAUGCCCAGAUGGCGUGUCCCCCUCCUGCCUGAGAGCUUGCACCGAGCAGUUGGCACCCACAUUCUCACGGAUCUUCAACCGGUCCCUGGAGCUGUGUGAGGUGCCCUCAUGCUUCAAAAGCUCCACCAUCAUCCCAGUACCCAAGAAACCCACCAUCACAGGAAUAAUUGACUACAGGCCUAAGCUCCUCCCACAGAGUAGUUUGUUUCUUGUUGUGGAAUUGGAGGAAUUUCCAGUCAGUUGUGAUGUGGUGGUGGAAGGUGGAGGACGGACGGUCGAUGUUGUUCAUCAUCUGAGGAGAAGUUUUUCUUCUGAGUUGGUUCAGACUGAAGGAGAGAUGAAGAGGAUUGAGCUGCUGGUGGUCCUGCUGCACGUUUACCACCAUGUCCUGGCUGUAGAAGUGUUUGAUGGUGAGGAGUCAGUCAAGCUGCCCUGUUUAGUCAACAUCUCAGUUUCCACGGAGUCCACAGUAGUCUGGAGCCGCGAGGACCUCAAGUACUCCAUCGUACACAUCUGUCAUCAGACUGGUGAUGAUCUUGUGGACCAAAACAAACGUUACAAGAACAGGACUUGGAUGAAGAUGGACGCCCUCCAGACCGGAGACCUGAGCCUGACUCUGAGGAAUCCUACGAUCUCUGACGGUGAAACCUACACCUGCACCGUCCGCAGGUUUGGAAUGGAGCUAAGCCAAAUCAACGUGCUUCUGGAAGUGAAGGAGCGUCAUCCUCCAAUCUGGCCCAAAGUUCUGCCAGCUGUCCUGGUUUCCCUGGUUCUCCUGGCCUCUGUCUUUGGUUUGGUCUUCUAUCUGCAAUACAAAAGAAUGAAACACAAUCCAGAUUCUCAGGUGAAGGUGGAUUCAGGAGUGGAGUCUGUCCAACUGCCCUGCAAAGCCACAAUUGAUCUGCCAGAACAUGCCAAAGUGGAGUGGAGGGACGGAACCAGUAGGACGGUCCAUGUGUAUCUGAACAGCUCUGACCAGAAAAAAGAACAACACUGGUGGUACAGAGGUCGGACGGAGAUGAAGAAAAACCUUCUGGAGACUGGAGACCUCAGUCUGACCCUGAAAUACCCAACAGACAGAGAUAGCUGCACCUACACCUGUAUCGUUUCCAGCAAGGAGGGAGACUCACUGAUGGAGAAACAAGUGGAACUCACAGUUAAAGGUCAGUUCUGA